GCCAAGUAUAACGAUGCUGGUGGCACUGCUGAUAGUGGUACCUGUCACCGCCCUGUUUCUAGCCUGGUUCUACCUUUUUAGAAACAACACUGACAUUCCUGUCUCCCCCGGUUCUAAACCAAUUGUUGGACACAUGCACCACUUUAUGGAUAUCACCAAGGACACACUUCAUCUAUUUGAAGAGCGAUAUUUCGAGAUGACAGACCCAAAGAAAACAGGAUCGGUGUCUCACAUAAAGUUUUUCUACAAAUCAAAUUUCUCCCUGAACACCGUUGGAACAGCCGAGAACCUCCUCAAAUCAAACGUAAACAUCAACAAAUCCUUCCAAUACGAUGCAAUAUCUGGGUGGCUGAAGAACAGUGUCCUCGUACUCCCCGGACAAGAAUGGCAAAAACGACGUAAGAUGCUUACUCCUGCUUUCCAUUUCAACAUCCUGGAAGACUUCUCCGAAACGAUGAAAAAGCACGCCAGUUUGUUUGUCUCGAUGCUGAAAGCGGACCCAACCAAGCUUAUAGUGGAAGUUAUAGAGGAAGCCACAUUCUAUAGCUUGUGCGAAACUUCUUUUGGCAUUGAGUUCGAAAGUAGAGAGGAAGCAAAUGCCUUCUUUGCUCCUAUGACAUCCCUGAUGAUAGAAUUUUUUAACAAAACUGCAUCCACAAAUCCAUUGGUGUGGGUCGAUUGGUACUACAACAGGACGCAGGGUGGCAAACGCUGGAAUUCUUCUGUAAAUGAAUUGAGCAGACAUAUAAUGGGAAUGAUAAAUAAGGCGAAAACGGCAUUGGAGUUGGGUGAAACUAAGCUGCACAAAGGAAAACGAGCAUUCCUGGACCAAAUGGUCUACGAACAGGCUGAGCGAGGGGAGCUUACUGACGAACAAAUAAUCGGAGAAUGCAACACAAUAUUACUUGCUGGCCACGCCACGACUACUGGAACCAUAGCUUUCUGUGUGUACUAUCUUUGUAGGCAUCAGGAUGUCCAGGAACGUCUUUACAAGGAAAUCGCUGACCACCUGGAAGGUAAGGACUUUGAUGAUAUUGAACAUGGAAGUUUACUGUACCUAGGAAUGGUCGUUAAGGAAACCUUGAGGCUCCAGCCACCUGCUUCUACCAUGGGUCGCAGGCUGUCUGAACCAAUGUAUGCUGAUGGUCACAUGCUGCCCGCUGGAACCAACCUUGACGUAUCCAUUUGGUGGCUGCACCGAGAUCCUGAGCAUUGGGACAACGCCGAGGAGUUUGACCCAGAAAGAUUCUCAGAGAAAAACUCCCGAGGCAGAAACCCCUACGCAUUUGUUCCUUUUUCUGCAGGACCUCGCAACUGUAUAGGUCAAAAAUUUGCCAAUGUUGAAACACGUUUGUUUAUUGCAGCUUUGGUUUAUAACUUUAAAAUGACGUCAGAGCAAGAGAUCGGCAAAGGAUUGUUCAGGAAUAUACAAGGUGUUUCGGCUGUUCCUGGUCCGGACUUCAAAGUUGACUUCACUCCCAGGGUUUAAGAUAAACAUAUUAAUUAGAAUACAAGUUCUAGAAGAGGGAUUGUGAGAUACAAAUUAUAUUAUGUAUAAUUGUAGAAGAGUAUAAGCUUACUGCAAGCCGAGAGCUAUGGGAUCCAGUCAGGAAAAGUAAUUUUCUAUUAGUGGUAAAAAAACCGGGCACAUUCUGGGACUUGCCUCAUUUUGUUGUAGGUUUAUAACCUACCAGGAUGCGCGCCGAGUUGGACUCGUCGAGUAUCACCCGCUAACUUAUUUUGCUGCACAGAGUUAGAGUCAGAGUAGGCGUAUUUUGAAUUACGAUUCACUUCAAAUCAUCAAUAAUUUAAUAAUUAUUGUUCAAUUAUUUUUCAAUUAUUAUAGCCAAUUUUUAUGGCCAGAACAGUAUUAUUUACGGUUUUUUAUCAGUUUUUGUUUCAGUACGUAUCAUUUUUACUAUUGUGCAUGUAUAGAUUUUAUUUCACGGGUCAUUUCAAUGAUUUUUGUUUUUAGAAAUAAUCAAGUAAGUUUUAAUGAGCGUGUAUUCAUUCGCUAUGAUAGAUAAACAUUAUAUUAUGUAAAUUGUACAAUGUACUUUCUCAGGAAUUUAAAUUUUAUCGUCCAUAGCAGCACAGCAUGGUAAUUAUUAAUACUAUUUUUAUUCAUUGAAAACUUCAGUAAAUUUAUGUUAGCAGUAGUAUAUUGGUUUGUUAUCAUGUUUGAUAUUUUAAUGUUUAUACUAUGUAGUUGAAUGUGAGAAUGUAUUUAGUUUUGAUAUUUAGAUGAU